AUGAAUCGCACGCUGGUCGAGUGUGCGCGUUGCAUGAUGGAACACGCUGGACUGGGAAAGAGCUACUGGGGUGAAGCAGUGAUGACGGCGAUGUUUCUUCGAAACCGCUGUCCAACACGUGCCAUUCACCAAGACAAGUCUCCAUAUCAAGUGUGGACGAUGAAGAAACCGAUUCUGGCCAACCUUAAAGUGUUUGGAUGCCACGCGUAUGUUCAAGUGCCUCAAGACAAACGCACGAAGUUCGACUCCAAGUCAUCACUCUGUCGUUUCCUGGGAUACGCCGAACACCAGAAGUCAUAUCGAUUUGAGGAAGUGUCAACAGGAGCGAUCAAGAUCAGUCGCGAUGCCACAUUCAUGGAAGACAAGUUUGAUGAAGGUCCGCGCAACUACAACGAUGAGUCAAGUGCCGUUGAGUUUGAUGAUCAUGAUGAGGACGAAGAAAAAGAAGAAGGUAAAACUGACGACGACAUGGACUCGAGCGACGAUGACAACGAAGACACCAGGUCUUCGAAGAGCAACAUCAAGAGACACACGCGCACUCAAUCACUUGAGAAAGCUACCGUCAUUCCAAGUCCCAAGCGAAGAACGUACAGAGGUCCGUCGCUUGAGCAUGUGUCAGCGGCUGCAAUGGAUUUUGAAGCAGCCUACAUCGUUGAUUCAGUGGGGGAAACGCCGACUACAUUCAAGUCGGCGAUGGAAUCAAGCGACUCCGGCAAGUGGAAAGAAGCGUGUGACUCGGAGUUCGACUCGCUUCAGAGAAACGACACGUGGGAAAUCGUGCCUCUUCCGAAAGGUCGCAAGGCCAUCGGGUGCCGAUGGGUUUUUCGUGUAAAGGAGAAUCAAGAUGGCGAAGUUGAACGUUUCAAGGCAAGACUUGUGGCCAAAGGAUUCUCACAGAAAUUCGGAGUUGACUAUGAAGAAACUUUCGCACCGGUGGCCAAGUUCACAUCGAUUCGUGUGGUGCUCAGUAUGGCGGCCAAGUACGGCCUAAUGCUACAUCAGAUGGACGUCAAGACAGCGUUUCUUAACGGCUCCCUCAACAAAGACAUCUACAUGGACCAGCCGGACGGAUACCUGGAUGCAACACAGCCGGACUAUGUGUGCAAGCUAAAGAGAUCACUCUACGGCUUGAAGCAAUCGCCUCGCAUGUGGAACCAAACAAUCGAUGGGUUCAUGAUCAAGAUGGGAUUCAAGAAGUGCGAAUCGGACCACUGCAUCUACAUCAAGCGAGACGACCAAGACGUGAUUCUCGUGGUGCUCUACGUCGAUGAUCUCAUCCUGGCCAGCAGCAACAACGAACUCCUCAAGUCGACCAAGAUGGCGCUGAGCAAACGCUUCGAAAUGACGGAUCUCGGUGAGCUCGAUUACUUUCUCGGCAUGGAGAUCAAGAACGACCGUAAGACGGGAAUGGUGACUGUGCAACAAACCAAGUUUCUCAAGUCCGUGUUGACCAAGUUCGGAAUGGAUAACAGCAAGCCAGUGAAGACGCCUCAAGAUCCCGGCCUGAGGCUAACCAAGAACAUGUGUGAACAAGAAUGCAAGCACGAAGACACCAUGUGCAACGUGCCAUAUCGAAGUGCUGUCGGAGGCAUCAUGUAUCUCAUGGUCGCCACACGUCCGGAUCUAGCUGCUGCAGUGGGAUCAUUAUCCCAGUUCUCGUCCGACCCAUGCCCGACUCACUGGCAAGCUUUGAAGCGUGUGCUGAGAUACCUGCAAGCAACGCCCAAUCAUGGUCUUGAGUUUACACGUGAAGAAGGAAGCCGUAUCUGCGGGUACACCGACGCAGACUGGGCCGGCGACAUUGAGUCAAGACGAAGUACAAGCGGCUAUGUGUUCAUGAUGAACGGAGGAUGCAUCAGCUGGAAAAGCCAGAAACAACGGACGGUCGCGCUAUCUUCAACAGAAGCAGAAUACAUGGCGCUUUCCGAAGCAACCAAAGAAGCAGUGUAG